AAGCCACCCGGUUACCACCUGAAUCCAACAUCUUUCCGCGCGCUAAUGCCUUCAACUGCUUUUGCUGGCUCUCGGCUAAAUUCGGCUACCUCCGGCACAUUCAUCCCUGUCUCGACUCUUCUUCGGCUACAAUCGGUUGACUCUCCUCUUGGAUUCGGCUCCCUUCGGCUAUGUCCGGCCUCUUCUUGUCUCAAACUCCACUGUUGCUGUUAACCUUCCUUCCGCGAUCCUCCAGCCGCGGCGUUCAGCCCUUGCGUUCGGCCAGCGCUCGGCUAAGCUCGGCUCAGUUCGGCUGUUUCCGUUCUCGUCCGGCUACAACCCCGGAAGGACGCAAAUGGAGCGGUGCCUGCCGGCCUUAGGCAAAGCAAUGGCGCCGCUGCUGGAGUACGAGAGGCAGCUGGUACUGGAACUGCUCGACAGCGACGGGUUGGUGGUGUGCGCCCGCGGGCUUGGCGCCGACCGACUUCUCUACCAUUUUCUGCGGUUGCACUGCCACCCGGCCUGCCUGGUGCUGGUGCUCAACACGCAGCCGGCCGAGGAGGAAUAUUUUAUCAAUCAGUUGAAGAUAGAAGGAGUUGAACACCUCCCUCGACGUGUGACAAAUGAAAUCACAAGUAACAGUCGCUAUGAAGUGUACACACAAGGUGGCAUUAUAUUCGCAACAAGUCGAAUACUUGUGGUUGAUUUCUUGACUGAUAGGAUACCUUCAGAUUUAAUAACUGGCAUCCUUGUGUACAGAGCGCACAGGAUCAUUGAGUCCUGCCAAGAAGCCUUCAUCCUGCGUCUUUUCCGCCAGAAAAACAAGCGUGGCUUCAUCAAAGCUUUCACAGACAACGCUGUAGCCUUUGACACUGGUUUUUGUCAUGUGGAGAGAGUGAUGAGGAACCUUUUUGUGAGGAAACUCUACCUGUGGCCAAGGUUCCAUGUAGCAGUCAACUCGUUCUUAGAACAGCACAAGCCUGAAGUGGUAGAGAUCCACGUGUCCAUGACUCCUGCCAUGCUCUCUAUCCAAACAGCCAUACUAGACAUCUUAAGCGCAUGUCUGAAGGAGCUGAAGUGCCACAACCCAUCUCUAGAAGUGGAAGAUUUGUCGUUAGAAAAUGCUCUCGGGAAGCCGUUUGACAAGACAAUCCGCCAUUACUUGGACCCUUUAUGGCACCAGCUUGGAGCCAAGACUAAAUCCUUAGUACAGGAUCUGAAGAUACUAAGGACCCUACUGCAGUAUCUCUCUCAGUAUGAUUGUGUGACAUUUCUCAAUCUUCUGGAAUCUCUGAGAGCAACAGAGAAAGUGUUUGGCCAGAACUCAGGUUGGCUUUUCCUGGAUGCUAGCACCUCCAUGUUUGUGAAUGCCCGUGCACGAGUUUAUCGUGUUCCAGAUGCCAAACUGAACAAAAAGGCCAAAAUGUCCGAGAAGGUGGCGGGUACAGAAGCGCAAGAAACAAAAAAGGAACUGGUCCUAGAAAGCAACCCAAAGUGGGAGGCAUUAAGUGAAAUCCUGAAAGAAAUCGAAGCUGAAAAUAAGGGGAGUGAAGCCCUUGGAGGUCCAGGCCAGGUGCUGAUCUGUGCAAGUGAUGACCGCACAUGCUGCCAGCUCAGAGACUACCUGACCAUGGGGGCGGAAGCCUUCCUGCUGCGGCUCUACAGGAAAGCCUUUGAGAAGGACAGCAAAGCUGAAGAAGUGUGGGUGAAUUUUAGAAAGGAGGAUGGUGCAAAGAGAACCAAGAAGUCUGACAAGAGACCCAAAGAUGCCCAGAACAAAGAACGCACCACUACCAAAAAAGGGGCUCCCAGAAGGAAGAAGCGAGAGCUGACUCUGACGCAAGUGAUGGGGACUGCUGAGGAGCCGCCAGAGGAAGGGGCUGCGGAGGAAGGCCGUCCCAGACAGGUCACCAGUAGCCCAGAAGGCUGCGGAGGAGAGGUUCAGCACGAAGCUUUUGAUUUAAAUUUGUCAUCUGAUGCGGCCUAUGGCAUCCUGAAAGAGCCUUUGACCAUCAUCCAUCCGCUUCUGGGGUGCAGCGACCCCUAUGCCCUGACGCGGGUUCUGCACGAGGUGGAACCCAGAUACGUGGUUCUGUACGAUGCAGAGCUCACCUUCGUCCGCCAGCUGGAGAUCUACAGGGCCAGCAGGCCGGGGAAACCGCUGAGGGUUUACUUUCUUAUCUAUGGAGGCUCCACAGAAGAGCAGCGCUACCUGACGGCUCUGCGAAAGGAGAAAGAAGCCUUUGAGAAGCUCAUCCGGGAAAAGGCUAGUAUGGUUGUCCCUGAAGAACGGGAAGGCAGAGAUGAAACCAACCUGGACUUAGCAAGAGGCACGGUGUCCACAGAUGCUCCCACUGACACUCGGAAAGCUGGUGGCCAGGAGCGGAAUGGCACCCAGCCCAGCAUCGUGGUGGACAUGCGUGAGUUCCGGAGUGAGCUACCAUCCCUGAUCCAUCGGAGGGGCAUCGACAUUGAACCAGUGACACUGGAGGUGGGCGAUUACAUCCUAACGCCCGAGCUGUGCGUGGAGCGCAAAAGUGUGAGCGACCUCAUCGGCUCGCUGCACAGCGGCCGCCUGUACAGCCAGUGCCUCGCCAUGUCACGCUACUACCAGCGCCCAGUGCUGCUCAUCGAAUUUGACGCGGGCAAGCCCUUCUCCCUGGCGCCACGUGGUGCCUUCUUCCAGGAGAUAAGUAGCAGCGAUGUGAGCUCCAAGCUCACACUGCUCACCCUGCACUUCCCACGCCUGCGGCUGCUCUGGUGCCCCUCACCUCAUGCCACAGCCGAGCUGUUCGAGGAGCUGAAGCAGAACAAGCCACAGCCUGAUGCGGCCACAGCCAUGGCCAUCACCGCGGACUCGGAAACGCUGCCUGAGUCGGACAAGUAUAACCCCGGCCCCCAAGACUUCGUGCUAAAGAUGCCAGGGAUCAAUGCCAAGAACUGUCGCUCCCUGAUGAAUCAAGUGAAGAACAUCGCAGAGCUGGCCUCUCUGUCCCAGGAGCGGCUCACAAGCAUCCUGGGGCAUGCAGGAAAUGCCAAACAGCUGCACGACUUCCUCCACACCGCUUAUGCAGACGUGGUGUCGGGAGGCAGAGUGAGAAAAUGAGCCCCGCGCUCAGAUGCUGUUCAUUAAUCAUUUGCCUAGCAGUUCAUUCGUUCCCAGGGCUUUUAGGGACAGACCUUCUGUCCCCACCAUUUCCCCGAGCUCUGGGCUGAGGUGUGUCCUUCCCUUCCCUUGCUGGCUCUGGCCCCUCUGUGCCCUGUCUGCACUAGGUUUGCAGUGCUUAUUUUAAAUGGGGUGUGGCAGGAUUGUGCCACCUGAAGCAGGCAGUGCCAGCGUGUGCUGCUCAGGCUGGUGAAAGAUCCUCCAUCGUGUUCCUGGCACUGUGUACACAGGGUGUGGCAGAACUGAGACAGGGCUGAUGUUCUUAUAUUCCUGCCAGCCACGGGACAAGCCAGCCCACUAGUCUUCCGGUCACCACGGAUAUGAAGUGAGUGCUGUGACGUGGUUGCUUAAACCGGUGCUUUGGCAAAAACUGUUGACAAGAUUUGAUGAGGUCAUGAAGGAUUUCUCAGAAAUCUUGGUUUUCUCAAUGUUUGACCUCCAAAUUCCUACUCUAAGCCCAAAUCACAUCAGAGUCCGCAGCCUCCUCCCACCCCAUGUCACUGACAUCAUUCACAUGUCAGUAACGUUGGCACCAUACCAGAGGCACGGCAUCCUGCCCAUGCCCCUGUGCUGACCAGACACGAGCAGAGGAGGCCCAGGUGCUUUCUAGAUGUGGGUUUCUCUUCUUCACAUUAAACAGUAAAUGCAAGGUCAGUGCAGAGAGUGCCUAUGAAUUCGGAAGAAAUGCGUAGCUGUUUAAAGACCCACAGACCAAAUCUCAUGGUUGAUUUAGACUGACCUUUCUGUGUUAACAUGGAGUUCACAUGCCAUUUGCAAACUGUGGUAUGUUAGUCUAGCUGUUGAUGUGUGCAGUGACAAGCAGUAAAUUUUCUACCUCAGGAGCUGAUGCCGACAUGAAUUCUAGCCUUGCCGCACAUGGUUGAUUGCGUCAUCAGUGUCAGCCAUCUUUGGUUUUUCGUGCCAAACUGAUUAAAGUGGACCUUGUAGCAAAAAUACUGUCUCCGACUUUAACAAAAGCACUUUGAACUGAAAUUUCCUGUUGACAUCAUGAUUUAUUGGUACUUAAGAGUGCAGCUGUCCCUCAGUGUCCAUGGGCGGUUGCUUCCAGGACCCUCUGAUAGAGCAGAGUCUAGAUGCUGCGGGCCUUUAGUGACAUUUGCUCAUAAACCCCUCCUCCUGUGAACUUCAAACCAUCUCUAGGUGGCUUACAGCAAUAAUGUAGCAUAGGUGGUGUGGGGGGCUGUCCCCUGGGUGUUCAGGGCUAACGACAGAGUCUGCAUGUUUAGUAGGGGUGCAUUUGUUUCCUGUGUUCUCCAUCCUUGGUUAAAUCGGAAGACGUGGUGGACGCUCAGGAGGAUCUGGUGUUCUGUCCGGGCCCGUCAGGAAUGAGUUGAGAGUGUCAAGACCCUGUCGAUUACUGGAGGCUUCUAGUAUGUGAUGUGGGAAAUAGGGGGGAAGAUGAAAAAGUGAGUUCAAGGUGGAAAAGAAAUCUGAGCUAUUUGUUUCUUCCCAGGAUAGAAACAUUUGCCUUCCGGACUAGGGCAGAGCUGCCUGGUGAGCUGCACUCACAUGCUGGCAUGGGUCCAGCUCAUUGACACUGACGUGUCUCUUCCACUCAUGGGGCAGGAACUCCACCUCCCUUUUCUGUUGUUUUGUUCCAUAAACCAAAAAUCUUAGCAUUGCGCCGCUAUGAUGGGCAUUUCAUUCAGGUUAAAUUCUCACAGCACCACUAUGAUUUCACCACUAUGAUUUUCACCACUAUGGACAUUUCAUUCAAGGUCAGAUUCUCACAGCUCCUUUCAAAGCCACUGUUUUAAACGUCCUUGUUACCUAGUGCAACAGUCUUUAACACAUUGACUUCCAGGUUCGUCUGCUCCCCGCGUCAGCUGUUCACUGUGGCGCAUGUGGGAAUAAGCAGCCGCACAGUCUCCCCUGGGCUUGACCAUGACUGAUGGUUUCUACUUAACCAUAAGUGGUUGUCCCAAUGAUAGCCCACCACCUCUUCCUAACUGUCUCUCGGAUUUCCAGGUGUGGAACCUUCUAGUACAUCCGUGAGCUGUUUGGUUUUCUCGGACUUUCUUACACAGGUUUAGAAUCUGUGCUAAAGGAACAGGUAGCUGCCAACUGCAAGUCCGACUUUGGCUGCCUUUGACUUUUGUUGUUGCUCAAAGUCAUAAAUACCCAGUUUACUGAUGAGCCUGGGGCAGCUCUUAAAAGGCCUUUGCACGCUGGGUCAGCCUUUUGGUUACAGCCAUUUACAUAAAGCCUUGAGCCUCAAAAUUACAGGAAAUUACCCUUGGGUUUACUUGUUUAAAUCCUAGCACCUCUCUUGGUGUUUUCUUGAAAUUAUCUAAGGAGAUAUCGUACUUAAUAGUAGCCACCAAGCAGAGCGUGGUGGCACACAGUCCUAAUCCCUGCUCUGGCAAGGAAGAGGCAGGUUGAUCUAAAAAAAACUAAAAGUGGUGGCCGUCAAUACUGUCCUCAAGUAGUCUUGGCUGCCCCUUUGGUGGACAAUCACCAGACUAACUCUGCAGAUGUCUGAGUGCCUCAUGUUGCAAUCCUCACUCAGGAGUACUGGAAAUGACCUCAUCCAGCCCCAGCAGGUCCGGAAAGUAUUGAGAUACAGGGACUGGGAGGAAGGAGGCUCAAGUCUGGCCUUUCCUUUUGUUUUUCCAGCAGAAUUUGAUUUCAUGUUGCCUUAGAGAACAUCUUGAGGGAAAUUCUCUGUUAGUUUAACUUAGAAAUGUUCACUCAAAAGAAUCUUAAGAAAGUGUAGCCAGCCAGGCUUUGACAUGAAUUGUUACUUUCCUCAUUUAGAUGUUGAUUAACUGUGCCCUGUCUGGUCCCAAGCUUCAUCACAUGAUUGUCCAUAUUUGUCAGUGACACUUGGUAGCUGCACCCCUGGACUGCUGGGCGGCUGUUUCUGUCUGUCUGUCUGUUUUAAUUUAUGGUUGUAUAAGCCAAGAUUCGAUAAGAGGGAGUCAAAACUGAAAUAUCUGUGUGUGUUUGUGUGUUUAUUCAGUAUCUUCCUCAGCUUCAUGGGCAAAAAAGGUUUUCGUUACACGGAAUACAUGGUUUAAGUGCAUUUGCUCUGAAUUUCUACUCCCGUCUGGAGCACCGUAAUCCACAUUCUGGAUCAUCAACACACUUUCCUCGGUCAUUCCCUUCUCUACAUCUUAUGAAAGGAGGUGGAGAAGAAAAGGGCACCAAUUGGUGGUCUGGAGCAUCCAAACAAAGAGUCAUAUCCUGUAUUUUUUUUUUAUUCCUUUUAACUCAGAAGUUGGAAGAGGUAAAUUAUCCUUUCAAUAGCAAUGGAAUUUAUAAUCUCUUAAGCAAGUUUAAUUAUAGUUUAAAUUGGGUCACUACAGUGGUGUUCUGGUUACUGCCUCUGCUUUGAAGAGUGCAGUGCACAGCCUUUGUAAUGGAUGGGAGGCAGGCUGCUCUUGAUGUUCCCCCCUCUGAAUGAAGACUGGCAAACUAACCUUUUCUUUUCAACAGUGCUGUCCCACGUUGAUUGACCCUCGUGCCUUAUCUCCUCAACCCCCAGCACAAGACCAUACAGGUGCCACCAUGUAAGCCUCCUUCAUGGUGUCGAAGAGACCAGAGGGCUUGAGCAGUUCACCCGGUGUCAUUCAGUAUUCAUAAAACCGUGAUUGAAACCCACAUGGUGGGGCUUCAGAGCCGUAAUGAAGCAUGGGCGUGGGAGGGCACCUGGAAAAUGACUGUUUGGGGGAUGAGUGUCUGUGUCCACUAUCAUGCCUGUGACUCCACACACACUAAAGGAAAAGCAGACCUGCCUGUUUCCUAGUCAAGAUGAACGCGGCUCUGGGCAGAGGAUGGAAGAAUGCUCAGAGCCCCUGUGCACAGCCACCUGUCACCUCCAGCUCUGUAGGGCUGAGUAUCUUGCACUGGAUGAUUAAGAGGGCUGUUUGCAGCUCUAUAA